AUGUCAAUAAUACAAACAAAUCCAAUCAAGCCAAUCUUGAAAAGGGAAACUAAAGAUAUAGAAUGUUGGGGACAUAGAGGAGCCAGUGCACAUUUACCUGAAAAUACAUUAGCGAGUUUUCAAGCUGCCAUUCAAGAAGGAUGUGAUGGGAUUGAAUCAGACGUACACGCUACUUCAGAUGGAGUGGUUUUGAUGUUCCAUGAUCCGACUUUGGAUAGAACGACAACUGGAAAAGGAUUGAUAAAAACACAACCUUGGAAAGGUGUAAUCGAACACGUUCGAACUACCAAAGAACCUGUUCAGCCUAUUCCGUUAUUCGAAGAAUUGAUAGCCUUACUUAUGAAACCUGAAAAUAGACACGUAACUCUGAAUAUCGAUUGUAAAAUGCAAAAUGAUCCUGAAAGAUUAUUUCCUGAAAUGUCACGGAUCAUCUCGCAAUAUCCAGACGCUGGAACAUCAUUAUGUCCACGUAUAAUACUGGGUCUAUGGCAUCCAUUAUUCAUUCCACCGGCAUAUAAAUACUUACCUCAAUGCAGACGAUAUCAUAUUGGAUUCAGUAUCCCAAUAGUCAAAUCUUAUUUCUGGGAUCAUUGUGAAGGUUUCUCUAUGUAUUUCCCAUUAUUAAUGUCAAAUGAUGGACAAGCGUUUUUGGAAGAAUGUAGGAAGAAUGGUAAAGAGAUUACAGUUUGGACUGUGAAUGAUCAAAAUGAAAUGAGAAUGGCUAUUAGUUGGGGCAUAAAAGCUGUUUUGACUGAUAAAGUCGCUGCGUUUGUUCAGCUCAAAAAUGAUAUAAUCGACGACCCAAAUAAUCUCAGCCUGCCAGGUUUAUCCAAGUUGACGUUCCCAUGGUCAUCAUGGCGAUAUUAUUCACUUGCACACCCAUACUUCCUGCGGACACAGCUCGACGUAAUGCGCACAAUGUGUUAUCAACCUGGGGAACUGCAACCUGUCAAUUUGACGGAACUCUCGAUGGUAUCAUCAGCCAAUCAAGUAGAAGCUGAGACUGAAACCCAAGACCAAAGCGAACUCGCUCCUGUCCCCGAGCCGAUACAUAUGGAUAACAUCAAUGAUGGUAAGGUCCUCACGGGUGUGGAAGAUCUUCAAUUGGAAGCAGGAGCUGUGAAUGGUAUAUUAGGUAAAGUAGCUGCUUAG